UCUGCAAACAAACAUCUUGCAAAGAGAAAAGCCAUAGACAGUCCCUCUAGUUGUCCAGGGAGGGGGACAAACUGCAGAUGGCGAUGGACGGAGAGAGAGAUGGAGAUGGUGAAGAUGGAGGCGCGGAGACCAUGGAGGAAGAGAAUGAACCGAAUUCACCAAACGCGCGAGAGGAAACUGUUGAUUUGGUUCAGGAAUCAGUGAGCCUGAUUGAAUAUGCUGCUCGGUUUGGAGAUUACCGAAGGACGCAGAGAAGAGAAUGUUACAACCUCGUCAGGCGUAUGAAGAUUUUGUUGCCAUUAUUCGAUGAGAUUCGGGACCUUGGUUCCCCGAUUACCCAGAACGGCAUCGUUUCUUUGUCAAAGUUGAAUAAAGCACUUCGUUUCGCAAGGAAACUACUGAAAACUUGCAAUGAGGGUAGCAAGAUUUAUCUGGCGUUGGAGACUGAGACUAUGAUGAUCAAAUUUCACACUGUUUAUGAAAAAUUAAGCCAGGCUUUGGAUGAGUUGCCUUUCGAUGAACUUGAGGUUUCUGACGAAGUGAGGGAACAGGUUGAGCUAAUGCAAACACAAUUAAGUCGAGCUAGAAAGAGAACAGAUACACAGGAUAUAGAACUUGCAGUAGAUUUGAUGGUGGUAUCCUCAAAAACUGAUGAAACGAAUGCUGAUAUAGCCAUAAUAGAAAGGCUAGCCAAAAAGCUAGAUCUGCAUUCCGUGGAGGACUUGAAGAUAGAAAGUAUAUCUGUGAGGAAUCUUGCUAAAGAAAGAGGCCAAACUUCAGAGUCUACACAGCAAAUCAUAGAACUUCUCAACAAAUUCAAGCAAAUAUUAGGCAUGGAAGUGACAAAUAUCCUUGAUGAUCCUGUCAUGCCUAAAAUGUUGGUGAAGUCCCAAUCUUUAAUAAUUCCUCCUGAGUUCCUCUGUCCAAUCACACUUGAAUUAAUGUCAGAUCCUGUUGUUGUUGCAAGUGGACAGACAUUUGAAAGAGAAAGCAUACAGAAGUGGUUUGAUUCUAACCAUCGCACCUGCCCAAAGACCAGGCAGACUCUAGAUCACUUGUCACUGGCGCCAAAUUAUGCCCUCAAAAACCUGAUCACCGAAUGGUGUGAGAAGAACAAUUUCAAGGUCCCCAAGAAAGAGGAUCUUGCAUCUUCCGAGGGCUCGUCUGCAGAACACAUAGAGAAAAUCUCAUUUUUGGUUGGGGAACUAUCUUCCAGUCAAUUAGAAGUGCAGAGAACGGCAGUAAAGGAUAUUCGUAUGCUUUCCAAAGAGAACCCAGAGAACAGAAUUUUGUUUGCUAAAUGUGGAGCGAUCCCACCACUGGUGCAGCUGCUGUCCUAUCCAGAUUCUAUAAUACAAGAGCAUGCUGUGACAGCCCUGUUGAAUCUAUCCAUCGAUGAGUCUAAUAGGAAGCUCAUAACUAAUGAAGAAGCAAUACCAGCUAUAAUCGAAAUCUUGCAAAAUGGAAGUAUGGAGUCAAGAGAGAACUCUGCAGCAGCUUUAUUCAGCUUGUCAAUGCUUCCCGAAAACAAAGUAACAAUAGCUCUGGCAGGUGGCAUUCCCCCACUGGUAGAUUUGUUGCAGAACGGGACGAUUAGAGGUAAAAGAGAUGCUGCCACCGCACUGUUCAACUUAUCUCUCAACCAUGCAAACAAGGCCAGGGCCAUUGAUGCUGGUAUUGUACCACCUUUACUGCUGUUUCUCGAGGACAGGAACCUGGACAUGGUUGAUGAGGCCCUCUCCAUCUUCUUAACUCUUGCAGAGCACCCGGAAGGGCGACAUGAGAUCGGUCAGCUUUCAUUCAUUGAAACUCUGGUUGACUUCAUCAAAGAUGGCACCCCUAAGAACAAGGAGUGUGCAACCUCGCUUCUUCUUUCGUUGGGUUCGAGUAAUUCAUCUCACACUCUUGCAGCCCUUCAGUUUGGUGUGUACGAGCAUUUGAUUGAGAUCUCCCAGAGUGGAACAAUAAGAGCACGGAGGAAAGCAAAUGCGCUUUUACAGCUUAUGAGCAAGUCUGAACAAAUUCCAUAAUUUUUUACCACUGCAAUCUAAAUUCUCAAUUAAUUGUUGAUUAUGCUUUUCAUUUCA